UCAUUUAUUUAUGAGAAUUUCAACAAACACGUGGAAAUCUUGCCGUAUAGGCAUGUUUCGGUGAUAGAGAAAUGUGUGGUUUAUUUCACUUAAUCUUUCACACAUGUGGGGAUCGCUAUCGCCUUUUUCUUUAGCCGGGCCGUAUAGAUAGACGAAAUAUUUAUGUCCCCAUUUCGAGUCCUUUUCAAAGUGACAUACGAGAAACCAUUCGAGUUUUGACUGCUUUCGUGAAGGGUUCAGCUGUGGCGAGUGUUUUAGUUUUCCGAAAAACACAAACCAAAAUUUUGUGGCUCAUUCAGAUAUCAGCCAAUGAUGGCUUCUUCGAAAGCAGCACCCUGUUGGACGACACUCGAGGAUUUGCAUAACGACCUGUGUGCAUUUUCAGAAAUAGCCGUAAACCAGGAUGAUGCCUACGAACCUCCUCUCGCUACCAUAGUUCAGUACAAUGCUCAAAUGAGAGCUAAUCAUACUUCCAGUAUUUUCGACACUCAAGAGCCCGAAGAAGACGUUACUUAUAUUUGUUCGGGCAGAGGAAGGGGGGGACUGAGUAAAUUUUACAGGCCAGGGAUGCCUGUUACUGAUGAUGGUCAGGAUUUUGUUAGCAGGAAAAUUAGGGAGGUCUCAGGAGUUGGCUACUCCAACGAAAUAAUCGAACAGUCCCUCCGUGAGAAAAUUCGCAAAGUGAAAAUCCCUGAUAGUGAAUUCUGCGACGCAGAACUCAACGGAAAUAACUCAAAUGAAAGAACUGCCAGUCCAAUGAGCGCCAGAUCAACUUCAACACAGUCAAUUAACGCAAACACAGGAACUUCCAGCCCUAUGAGCGCUCGAUCAGCUUCGGCUCAGUCCAUUUCUUCAGGUCCGGAAUCAGAAGACGGGAACGCAGAGCAGCAACCUCCGCCACUAAGCGUGAUAUUGAAGCUUGCGAAAAAUAAGAAGAAAGCCCCUACACAAAAGGUGCCUCGAGAAGAUGUGACCGUGUCUCACAGGCUAAUUCAAAUCGAGAUUCCGAAGAUUGAAGCGGACUCUAGUUCAAAAUCCAGGGAGCGGUCUCCAAGUAAUGGCAGCAGCAUCUCAUUGUCCGAGAAUCUCUUCAAAACUCCAGAUUCAUUCUCGGAAACCAGUUCUGGAUGGACUAGUUGCUGCGAAUCCAGCAGCAGUAAAGGAGAAGAACCACUGUCGUGGAGAAGAGAGUCGAGAAAUGGGAGGAUUUACACAAAGGAAUGGAGGAAGCGUCCGACAAAUAAAGAUAGUUUCAAUAUAAAUUCCGACAGAGACUUCCCGGCUUUGUGAAUAUUCAAGAAAUCCAUUUGACUCUAGUGAAUGUUCCAGUUGAGUGAUAUUUUUUUACACAUGCUAACAUUUUUCUGAACCAGAAUUCAGAAGAUACUUUCCCGAAGACAGUUGUCCAAUUACAUCAGUUUUUUUUUGCCACAUUUGUACAUACAUUUAUAGCAAAUUCAUUUUCUCCUAAAAAACUCAGUUGGACAUUUGAAAGUACAACAGUUGUACAUGAAAAUCCUUCAGGAAGGUUCUAGUCUCUGGUUCCAGAAUUGUCCAAAAUUUUUGGGCUUGUUUUGCCUAUUUUACUAUUUGGGGAUUCUUGGAAAUUAUCCCGGUUUGGAGGUUGAGGCAAAUCCUUCGUUGUUGAAAAAAAAUACUAUACAUCUUUUUUUCAGUAACUAAUUUGGGUUAAUUUGCAGAAAACAUUUUAGUAUGACAAAACGAAGAAAAAGUCUUCGCGUUCAAAAAUGUUUUAUGUUUCAACUUGUAUAGAUUACAAGUGAGAGAUACAACUGGAAUCUUUGGC